AAGAGGAGAAAUCAAUAACAAUACAGAGGUAUACAACAAGUGGUUUUAAUCCAACCCUAUUGAUGAUAGACCACAUGCAAAUUAUCUGAGAAAAUGGAAAUGUCAUUUCCGCCACUGCAAGGCCAACUGGCCUUCACAAAGAGUUCGGUGGAGUUUGACAAUGGAGGGUUCGGGAUUACCGGGAUGUCGGGCUUCCUGUCGGAGAGAGAGCCGGAAGAGUUUUCCGGACAGCCCCGUGUCUUCACCAGCACCGAUGGGGAGGAGGCAAUCAAGUGUCUGCGAAAGGCAUUUCAGGUGUUACAACCUGGGAACCAUGCAGCUCGCAAGCCAUCGGAGAACGUCUCCUCUGGGUUCAUCCACUGCCGUCACUCGUCACAACUCGGCAAGCGCUAUGUGAAUCUCCGACACCACCUAGAGGAGCGUGCAAGAAAAGAGCUCCUUAGAGACUGUUUGUUCCGACUGAAAACUGGCGCCAUAUUUGUACGUGACCUUCAGCACCUGGUGAAAAACGAGUACAAAGUCUUCUAUCAUAUAAGUCACGACUGUGUGACGGAGAUUCCCGAAAGUAAGAUAUUCUGUCUCAAUGCACUGUGUGAGGACCUACGGACGCUGGUAGGCGACUGGAAGUGUAUAAAACAGAAGCUUCACACUAACCGGUGGCUACAGCCAGUGCAAGGAGCGUUGUUCUUUCAGUUGGAUAGGAUAAAAUUGGUGUUAGACCAGUUGAUACAGUCUUCAAUAUGGUGGCUGGAAAAGUUUGUCGUUGUCGGUUUACAGGUGUUUGCUCACGGAAGCGUGGACACGUUCACGCAUGAAAUGAUUUGGAAUGUAACACGAGGCCUUGAAGAUUUAAAUAAAAUAAUAAACAGCUUACAAUCACCCUCACCUACCUCAAAAUAUGGCUUACAAUCACCAAAUGUGCUCAGGCUGCACGGGCUUAGUGCGGAAUCAACUAAUUCAUUUGCCAGUUUAGGCGAGUAUGUUAAAUCUUUGCCAUUCACAAGAGUGCUAUCAAUUUUGGCGAACGAACGGUCAAAGUACGCCGCUCUCGAGACUCACAGAUUUUUCACGACAAGUCCAGAGUUUGUGAAAUUGUUAAAUUCUGGGAAACUUCCGGAAUACAUAUGGACUGAGGAAUCUAGUCAUGCAAAUGACAAGCUAGAACGUGAGACGUCGGACUAUCAUACCGCCACUGGCAGCAUGACGUCUUUGAGUGCGGCCAUUUUGAAAAUUGGCAGUGUGCGAGCACCGGAUUUAUCCGACUCGGACUCUCCAUUAGUUGAACUCGGACGUCGAGAGCAUGCUUUCGCAGAAAACUUCCUUCUUGUUGUGUGCAAUUCCACAAACUUACUGCGGCGAAACGACAGUAGACCCAGGAAGGUUGUGAAAGGUUCCCAAAGUUUUUCGGGUUCAGAUAAACCCCCUCGGGGAGAAACCCCAGUGUUGUCGAGGGCGGAUUCCAUGAGAAAGUCUGUGUCCUGGGGAGACUCGGCUGACAGCUCAAUAAAAUCCCAGCUGACCUCAAGGUACAUGGACCUCUAUUGGAACCAUUUCGGCACCAACCUGUACACGAUGUUCUACGAGCCUUGCUGGGCACGAGUGACCUCUCUGUACUCAUCAGAGAUUGGGAGCACCCUCGUGCUCAACACCAUCGUCAUAGCGAUCAUGAAACACAUGAUGCAGCACGUCUGCCUCAAGGACACAGGCCUGAAAUCUAGCCAAUCAGAUCUGUUUCCACCGGCCAGUGUUACACCCAUGUUAAUGGCCGCCAAGAAAUGUCUCCAUGUAGCAGCAUUUGGUGCCUGGGAUACCUGCAUGUCUGAGGCACUGGCUUCUCAGAGGUCAGACAAGUGCUACCCAUGCCCCCUGGUUGGUGGGGACUACAGCACGCGCACAGGCAUGUUGCUGAGGGAUACGUUCCAGCCUGCGCUACACCUCCUGAGAGAGCACCUGGCCGAGACCAUAGAGCCGUCACAUGGAGGGAUGCCUGCGAUGGGGUGUGAGGUGGUGGCAGUUGCUAUCAGACUAGUGGCCACGUCUGGGGCCUCCCUGCACUGGUGUCGCACCAAGACCCACCAGUACCUGGGCAGUAUGGCCGUAGGCAACUUCCUGCUUAUCUCACAGACCGACCUCAAGCUGCUGGUAGAUGAGACGAGGACAUCGCUGUACCAGCUACAGAUGGUUACCAAGGCGCUGGGUCACAAGGAGGCUGGGGACAGUCUGUCUCCCAUGGCAACACAGCUGGGACAUAUCAUGGACAGCCUGCAGGUCAGUCUUAAUAAUCUCACGCACACAGGCUGA